UGGUGUUCUCAGAUCAGUACUUAUCUGCGGCGAUACUGAGUGUAACAAUGUUAAGGAUGCUAAGCAACAGAGCUGCGUAUCACGUUUUUUUACUUUUUAUCUUCCUCACCAUUGGAGACGAACGAGUGCAGGCUGGGAACUGCUGGCUACAACAAGCCAAGAAUGGCAAAUGCCAAGUCCUGUAUAUGACCGGGGUCAACCGGGAAGAGUGCUGCAAGAGUGGAAGAUUGGGUACGGCAUGGACUGAGGAUGACGUCCCAUCCAGCACACUUUUUCGAUGGAUCAUCUUUAACGGUGGAGCCCCUGGCUGCACGCCUUGUAAAGAAACCUGCGAUAACGUCGAUUGUGGUCCCGGUAAAAGGUGCAAGAUGAACAAAAAGAACAAACCUCGAUGUGUCUGUGCCCCUGACUGCUCUAACGUCACAUGGAAAGGCUCGGUGUGUGGGACUGAUGGGAAAACUUACAAAGACGAGUGCGUCCUACUGAAGGCGAGAUGCAAAGGACAUCCCGAACUGGAGGUCCAGUACCAAGGCAAAUGCAGAAAAACCUGCCGGGAUGUCUUGUGUCCAGGCAGCUCGGUGUGUGUGGUAGAUCAGACUAACAGCGCCUACUGUGUGAUGUGUAACCCGAGGAUUUGCCCUGAACCUUCAAGUCCCGAGCAGUAUCUGUGCGGCAAUGACGGGAUCACGUAUGCCAGCGCCUGCCACAUCAGACGGGCCACCUGCUUGAUGGGAAGAUCCAUUGGAGUGGCAUACGAAGGAAAAUGUAUAAAAGCGAAAUCCUGUGAAGACAUAGAAUGUAGCUCUGGAAAGAAGUGUUUAUGGGACAGACGGCUCGGCAGGGGUCGAUGCGUAGUUUGCAAUGUGUGUCAGGGUGGACGUUCGGAUGAGCCAGUGUGCGCAACUGAUAACACCACUUACCCCAAUGAGUGUGCGAUGAAAAACUCAGCCUGUUCCUCUGGCACCCUGCUGGAGAUUAAACACACAGGAUCGUGCAAUUCCAUAACUGAAGAAGACGAAGAUGAAGAAGACGAGCAAGAAAAUAACACCUUUCCUAAAUCUGCAUUUCCGAUUUGGUAAUUUUCUCACCUGUUGGAAGAGGAAGGAUUCGGUGUACUUAUUUGUAAAUAAGUGUACGCUUAUUUAUUUUGAAGAAGUAUACAUAGUUGAGUUUAGUAGAUUUUUAUUUAUACUGUCAUGUUUAUAAUUUAUACAUAAAAUAGGUCAACUUGAUUUGGAAAUAUAUUCGUCAAGAGAACAGUGUUAUCGUUAAUUUAUUGUGACGUAUGAUGCUUGUAAAGUAUACUUUUCCUGCAAACUGUAAAUUGCAUUAUGAUAGCUGUAAAUGUGGCUGGUCAUUUUCCUUUUGUACUACAGAUUUUAGUUAUAAUAUCUGCAUGUUUUACCUUUUAUAUUUAUUUAUUGGAAUAUGUUACACAUUGAUGUAAAUAAAGCUUCAGAUAUUGUUUACAGCGUGCCAUGUAACUGAUCAAAUGUGCUAUGUCUGGAACUUGCUGUCAACUGGAGAUGUUCUGCAGCUGUAAGGUUACAGGAUCAUUUUAUGGCUGUAUAAUCAGAUUGACUUUUACUGGUGUGUUGCUGUAAAGGUUUGACAAAUGCAAACAGUUCAGGUUUUUCAUUUUGCUUAAAAAUUAUGUUGCAGAUACAAUUUUAUAUUUUCAAACAUGACAGAUUUAAAUUCAUCCAAAUAUAUAGU